AUGAAAGUGUCAGCAGUCUUGUUCUUCUUCGUGAUAACAUUCUCUAUGGCCGCUGCUUACAUUCAGAAUCUAAACCCUUAUGCCAAGAUGAACUACUUCUGGGCACAGUCUGGAGCACCAGCUAAGCGAGAAGAAAGAAACGGUAAGAUAAAUACAGUAAUCUUACGAAUGUUAAACUAAAAUUAUUAAAUGAAAAAACAAAGUUACCUGGCCUUAUAUAACCAUAGUAAUCUUACCUCGUUUCUACUGUCUGCUACAUUAAUACAGUAAAUACGUCUGAUAUAAAACUACAGUAAUCUUAAACCCAAAGUGUAAUAUUGCAAUAGAUUGUACUAUUUUAUCUCUUCCUAAUGAGACUUCAUGAUGACGUAUCACCUAUUGUCGUCCUAAAAUACGAAACUUCAGUUAAUCCAGAGCCGGCCCCACGUCAUGUGACACGUUUCGUCUACUUCCCAUCUACGUUACCCUUCGCCAGACCUAUGAAGUUCCCACUAAACGAAUAA